AUGCCAGACUCUGGCGCUGAUAACACCAUUCUGCGAGACUCCGUUAAAAGGAUGAAAGCCGCUCACAACAUUACACGUCAGACAUCCGAAGCUACUCAGCCAUCAGUCAUGGUCACUGACCGACCUACUGAACCCGACUACCGUAUUGCGCUCGAUUUCGGCACGACAUAUACUAGCGUUGCGUUUGCUAGAAAGGGUGACCCGACUAUUCACACCAUUGACCAGUGGGAUGGAGAUUCUUGUCAACAAUCCGACUACAGGCAAGUUCCAACGGAAAGUGUCUAUAGCCUUGCUUCCAGGCUGCACGGUUACAAAGCACAAAGCUGGCAGGACGAAUUGAAACCCAAUGACAGAAUUGUUGCUCACGUAAGGCGAAUGAAGUUGCUUCUUGACGAUACGGGUUGUGCCUGGACUCGGGAUGCUAAGGGUGAUGUUGCGAAGGAAGUACAGAAACUUAAAGCUCAUUGCUUGAUAGAAUCCGAGCAUGAUAUCAUACGACACAUAUUGAUAUAUUAUUUCCACCGCAUCAAGCAAACUCUGGAGAUGGCUGAUAGCUUCAUCGAUGAUAAAUCUGUUGAACUUACGUUCUCUGUACCAGUCUGCUGGAGCACCAUGGCGAAUGCGUUGAUGAGCAAAUGCAUUGAAUCAGCAAUGCAAGAAUCUGGAUUUGGUUUGAUCCGAGAUCAACGUGGUUCAACAGUCAACCUAUUCAUGGUGAACGAAGCUGAGGCAGGAGCUUCAUACGCCCUUGAAUCUAAUCAGCGCGAUGGCGUUAUCAAACGUUUGGGAGUGUUUCUUCUUGUCGACAGCGGCGGGGGCACAACAGACCUUGGCCUAUAUCGAACAACGGAAGUUGAACCCUUGCGCCUCGAAAAAGAGAUAAACCCUCCUUCCGGGGCCAUGUGUGGAUCAAGCGAUCUUAAUGAGCGAAUGCGAGCGUUUGCGCUAUCCGAUCUUCGCGAUCAAGAAUACCUCGCCGCAACGGUGACUAUCGAAUCCAUUGUCGACGAUUACAUCAUGCCAAAAUUUGAAAACGAACACAAAAGAUCCUUCCAGUGGCGUAACAGAUCCCAGCGCUUCAGAUUCCCACUCAUGGGUCUCCGAGCAUCACACAAUAACCGACGCCUAUUGGAUGGGCGUUACGUAUUGGACUACGACGACAUGUGGAACAUUUUCAAACCUUCAUUAGAGAUCAUCCGAGAUCUUAUGGAGGAACAGAUAUCAUCCGCCUCUACGAAAAACAUUGUGGUUGAUUCCAUUGUCGUAAUUGGUGGAUUCGGAGACUCUCCAGCCUUGAGAGAGUACCUCCGAAUAUGGCUGAAUUCACUCAACCACAGAAAUGGCUCCCUGAUUGACAUGAAGUUCGCUCUCGCAAACAAAGGAGCUUCUGCGAUAGCUAUGGGUGCUAUCAUGCGAGCCCAAAACAAACAGCUUGGACCGGAACGUAUCCCGACUCAGAGUAUUGGGAUCUAUCGCCACAUCAAUUGGGAAGAAGACUCCACAGAUCCAUGCAUCACCAAACAGAAGGCACAGAAAGAUGGAGAAGGGGAAUAUGUCAUCAAGAACACGAUUCUGUGGAUCCUCAAAAAAGGCCACGAUGUGAUCCCGCGCGUACACCGAGUCGAAGCUGUGGUCCGGCAUCUAUUCUCAGAGGACACAAGGUACUGGAAAGGACAAGAACUCCUCUUCAUUUCGGAUAGUUGCACGGAGGACUACUGGCAGCGCACAUCCAAACACAACAAAGGAAGGACUACGCAGCUAGGCAAGGUUGUCUUUGAUGUGACCGAUCUCAAAGAGCAUCAUGUCAAAGCCCACAAAGAGAAAGGGUUGUCUACGCAAGACCUGAAGAUCCGCGUAGAGGUGCUCCUCCAGAUCGAGAUAAUCGGUAGAGACUUGAAAUUCUUUGUUCGAUGGCCAGCGAACCGAGAAGGGAAACUGCUUCCUGCAUCGCGAAGUUCCUUUUCCUUAGCUGCCGCCUUCAAACCUGGUACAGAAUGA